UUGGACGCUUUCCCAUAACUAAUAUUGCAGUUUUGGCACUUUCUAAGCGCAAAAAUAGUUCUAUUUAUUUAAACAUAAGCUCAGUAUUUGUGCAGACUGCGCAAGUCGGCGUUUUACCUGCCGGCAUGGCAGAAAAAAUGACCAGCAUGGAUGCCACAGUGCCAGAAGCCAAGUAUCAGAAACUGGCGAGUGAAUACUCAAAGCUGCGUGCCCAAGCCCAAGUACUGAAGAAGGCGGUGCUAGACGAACAGGCAAAGGAGGCAAAUCUGCGUGAACAACUACAACAGAACGCCACAUCGUUAAGGCGAACUGAACAGGAGGUUGACUCACUGGGUUUUCGCAACAAGCAGCUGGAAUCGCGUGUCUCCCACCUGCAGCAAGAAUUAACGGUGCAUGAGCAGGCGCGCAAAAAAAAAGAGACAAGCAAACGAGGGCUUUUAGGAGGCAGCAAACAGGAGCCACCAAGUGAAGCGCCAAACAUGAAUCCAGCGCAGGAAGCGCUAAUCUUCGAAGAACUUCAGAAGAAAAUAAUGGAAAACGCACAGCUGACGUCAUUGAUAGAUGACAGGCAACGCGACUUAUUGUUGUACACAGAACGCAUAUCGGAACUAGAACAGAAACUAGAGAAACGAAUAGGCGACCAGAACGAUUUGGAAAACCGCUUGCGAAAAGAGGUGGAAACGCUGCAACUGAGAAACUGUGAACUCGAAACAAAGCUGGUCGAUGCUGCGAGCAUGAUUGGUAGUGAGGAUGCUUUGAGCGCCACUGGCAGCGAUAACACGCCGCUGCAUAAUCAACAGCAGCACCAGUUUACCACCAAUUUAGCCUUAACACUCACUGCCGAAGAACGCAUCGUGCUACUAGAAAAGGAAGCGGCGCAUUGGCGAGCUCAGUACGAGGUGGCCAAACUGAAUCAGAGUUUAAGCUACAACUCGAACACAAAUGUAGAUCUCAGCAAAACGUUGAUUGAUGCCAGCAGUAUUUGUAGCUGUAGCACAGCUGCGGCGGGCAUUACCGUUAAGCCAUGUUGCCUAGAAAACAAAAGCGGCCAGCGAGCGCGCGAUUCGCUGCAGGAACCGCAAGAGCCGCCCACAAAAGAGCAGCUUUUAUAUAGCGCCUUCAGCAAAAAGUAUGAAGAACUUUUACGACUCAAAGCGCUAGCCGAGUCCCGCGUACGGUCUUACGAACAAGAAACUUUGCAUUUGCAAAUCUGCCUAGAAAAUGCCUCGCAAGAACUGAAAGCCAAGGACGAGCAAUUGUCCAGCCUUGGAGGUGCACUGCAAUUGCUUGAGGAGGAGUUGUCCACGACUCGCUACAACUAUGAAGAGCAGAUCAGUGUGCUAACAGAGCAAGUGAUAAGCUUAAGUGAACAGUUGGCUGCAUGUAAAUGAAAUCCGCCUGCCUCAUUGCUUUAUAUUGUAUAUUAUUCAAAAGAAGACACUGGCUACGUUGUAAGCUAGUUGGUUAUUUUCGAAACGAUUCUUUCAUUCAAUCAAAA